AUGCAACAAGAGAUUGAUCGUUUGAAAAGAGAGUUACUCCACGAAUGGAGAAGUCAAUCUCUUACCGUUUCCUACUCCUCCUCUAACAACGGAGAGGAUGACAGUUACAAACGGAGAUCAAGGACUUCUCCCAGUGAGUCCUUCUCGCAUGAUGAGGAGUAUCACCAUGGGCACGGGAACAAAAACUCAUCUUCCAAAGGAAUAGGGAAUGAUGCUUUAAGUAAAGUGCUCAAGCAAAUUUCUAAGUCACCUUUCACGCGGAGGAUAGAGGAAGGAAAACUUCCUCGGCAAUUCACUCAGCCCACAUUCACUGCGUACAAUGGAAGGACAGACCCUGUUAAGCAUGUCAACCACUUCAACCAAAGGAUGGCUGUGCACUCUAGGAACGAGGCCUUAAUGUGCAAAGUAUUCCCAUCCAGCUUCGAACCGGUGGUAAUGAGAUGGUUUGAUGGCCUGAGAGUAGAAUCCAUUGACUUCUUUGAGGAACUCACUCAGCCGUUCGGAUCUCACUUCAUCACAUGCAGCAGGGUUGCCCAGCCUUUAGCUUCCUUGUUGUCUCUGUCCAUGAGGGAGGUGGAAACCCUGGAAAAAAAUUCAGAUCGAUAUUGGGAGAUGUUCAACGAGAUAAAAGGUGAUUUCGAUAAUAUAGCCAUCAGCACCUUCAAGCUUGGCCUACCAGCCGAGCGUGGCUUAAGGAAAUCCUUGACUGGAAAACCUAUCACUAGCAUACGCUAG